AAUCACAAGGCGGCCGCUGUUCUUGGCAUCGGACUGGUAGCUCUUGGGGAAGACAUUGGGGUGGAGAUGGCCAAACGGUCCGUCAUUCAUGCCCUGCUUGUGGACACAGUGAGCAAAGGCGGGUCAAACCUUUCUGGCAGACACGCAAUCCCCCUGGCGUACGCCCUUCUCUCUGCCUCCAACCCGAGUAUGCCUGUGGUGGAGACACUGAAUCGCCUUUCUCAUGACAGCGAUGCGCCUACGGCAAUCAACGCCAUCCUCGCCUUGGGAAUUGUUUCUGCUGGAAGCAACAACGCCCGAGUCGCGAGUAAACUACGUAACUUGGCUUCUUACUAUCACAAAGAACGCUUUGCGCUUCAACACUUUUCCGUUCGUCUUGCACAGGGUCUAACAAUGAUGGGGAAAGGCCACCUGACGCUUUCCCCGCUUCUCAACGACCGGACUUUGGUAUCACCGACGGCAUUAACGGGACUUCUUGGCUUCCUACACAGCGCACUGUAUUGCGACAAGACUAUUCUGGGCAAGUACCAUUAUAUGUUGCUCACCCUUACUCCAAGCAUCAGUCCCCGUAUGGUGCUUGCGGUCGAUGCACAGAUGAAUGUUCUCAAGGAUGCUGUGCAGGUACGCGUGGGGCUCCCUGUGGACACGGUAGCAGUAGCCGGAAAGCCAAAGGCAAUCACGGGAUUCCAGACACACAGCACCCCCGUUCUGUUAAGUGCCACAGACAAGGUUGAGAUUGCGUCCGGGAAGCAUCAGGCAGUUGCGGCCGUCAUUGAAGGCAUUAUUGUUGUGGAGGAGAAGCCAAAUGUGGAGUAG